GUCCCCACCGCUCAGGUCGCUUUUAUCUCUGACCGACUGUCCGGCGGGGGGAACGGAAGGCGGCGCCCGAGACGGCGCGGCCGCCUCCUGAGCCAUUAGUCCCGCACCGGCGUGCCAUUGGGCGGACCACCCGACCUAACCGUGACGUCCGUCGGCCACGCCGCCGCCGCAACUGCACCGCGUCCGUUCAGUCCGCACUCGAACGCCGUCGUAGUCGUUUGGUAAUGCCGCACGCGUUAUGAUAAUAAUAUCGUCAAAACAACAACAGUUAUAAUAAUAAUAAUAAUAACAACGAUAAUAUUGUUCGUGUGGUUUUCGGUAAUAAUAAUAAUUUACAAUUUUGCGUUUCGUCGGUUCCGUAUAAUUAUUAAAUAAUAAUAUCAUCAUCGUGCACUGCGGUCGACCGAUUUUGUCGCGCGCGCGCGGUGUUGUUAUCGCCAAAGUUUUUUUGAACCGUAUCGCCGUGCUCAUCACUGAAACGCGUGUUUACCUAAAGCUAGGGAUAUCCACAACGUUUAUUACAUAAAAUUCCGCGCGAGCGUAAAGGUCUCGUAAAAAUGCCGCGGCCCAGUCGCGACUCGUACGGCGACCAAAAACCGCCGUACAGUUAUAUAUCGCUGACGGCCAUGGCCAUAUGGAGUUCGCCAGAGAAAAUGCUUCCGCUGUCCGACAUUUACAAGUUCAUCAGCGACCAGUUCCCGUACUACAGACGGAACACGCAGCGCUGGCAGAACUCGCUCCGGCACAACCUGUCGUUCAACGACUGUUUCGUGAAAAUCCCGCGGAUGCCCGACAGACCGGGCAAAGGCGCGUACUGGGCUCUGCAUCCGGCCGCCCUGGACAUGUUCGAGAACGGUUCGCUGUUGCGGCGCCGCAAACGGUUCAAGCUGGUCAAGUCCGACAAAGACAGAUUGGACAACGAACUGAUCGCUCUGGCGAACAAUUUGGCGCACAUGCAGCGCAACCAUCCAGCCAUGUCGGCGGCCUCGUCGUUGGCGGCCGUUCCGUCGUCGUCGUUGUCGUCGUCGGGCGCGUCUUCCGCGUCGUCGUCGUCGCCGUGUUCGUCGUCGGCCGGCAGUCCGCCGCCGCCUCCGCCGCUGUCGCAGCGACAGCAGCUGCCGUCCACUCGACACGUCGCGUCUGCGGCCGGGCCCCGUCUGCACUGUUACGACGACAACGGCGUCGACGGCCGUCGACGCCGCCGCAGCCGCAACACCGCGACCGCGGUGACGGGACACCGCGAGGCCGUGGACGCGAUCACCGCCUGCGCCACCAAGCCGGCGGUCAAGAGACCGUUCGACAUCGAGAGCCUGAUCGGACCCGACCCGUCGUCCUCCGCGGCCGCACCGCCUCAGCCGCCGCUGACCGCCGCGGAUUACUGCACCGACGACGACGACGUCGACGACAACGACGAAGCGGACGACGACAUUCUCCGGCGAUUCCCGUCCAUCGCGCCGGUCGGUUAUCGGGCACCGCUGAUGGUGCCGUACGAUCUGCACCACGCGGCCGCGGCCGCCGCGGCGAUAGCGUUUCAGGACCACCAUCACCAACACCACGUGAUGCACCACAGCCAGCUGCAGCAGUUGCACCACCACCACCAACAGCAGCAACAGCAAUAUUUACGGUACGCCGCGGCGUCUUAUUUCCCGCUGCACAACUAAUGUUACGCGGCGCGUACGAUGCAAAGGUAUACGAGUUUCCUGUCACUGUGCGCAACAACGUUUAACACUGUUUUAGCGCACGUAUAGAUUAUGUUGUGUAUAUAGGUAGACGAUUUCAAUAAUAAUAUUGUUAUGCAGUCACGUGUUCGGCAAUAAGUCGAACGUCGUCCGACCUUUGACCGACCGCACUUUGGAUUCGCAUACAGCACACACAGGUAUAAUAAUAUUAUUGUAAUACGACGUGUUGCGGACGAGCGUGGCGUAGCGUUUGCGCUCGGCGCGAUUAUGACGACCGUGCUGCGAUGACGAUGAUAAUAAUAAUAUGGCUGGUAUAAUAUCUGAUCUCUCGUGUAGCGCGCACACUUUCGCGGCGACGAUUAUUCUGUAGCAAAACGAUAUUUAAUAUUAAAUGUCACGACAAUGUGACAUAAUAUAUUUUGUACAUAUACACGCCUAUCGUAACACGUAUAGAUUUUCCUAUGCACACAAUAUCACACACGGCUGCAGGUAGAUACUACGCGUGUGCUGCAUGCACGUUAUUACUCGCGUACCUAUGCGUACCCGCGAUAUACCUAUGCGGCGUGUAAAUAAUAACAUAUUAUUAUUUAUUAUUUUAACCGUCGUUCUUAGAUCAUACAUCAAUGACUAUUUGUUUGUUUGUUUAUUUGUUUGUUUGUUUUUUCCCCUAUCUGUAUAAGGUCUGUACAAAUUAGCCAUCAUUAUUUAAAUACUUAUUAUUGUAAUAGCAUGUUAUACUGUCGCAUGUCGUUGUACGAUAUACACAUAAUAUGCGUAUAUAAAUAUUAUAUGUUUUAAUCGCCUUAACUUUAUACGUGAUGAUGCCUACUAUAAAGUUAUAAAAUAAUGACGUACUGAACCUAUAUAUGUAUAUUAUAUAUAAUAUAUUAUAUAUACAUUACAAUAUAUUUAUUGUGUAAGAAAAUUAAAUCGUAGUUUUUAGUAUUCGUUAUUCUGUGAUGUAGUUUUUAAUGUGCAGUAAUAAUUAUUAAUUCUUUUAUAAAUAUAUUAUAUUAAAUAUAUAUAUAUCGAUACGAUUUCGUUUGCUGUCCACGAUGUGAAAUCUAUAACCUUAUUCUGAUAUACACACGUACCUAGGUAUAAUUAUUAGAUACAUAAUAUACCUAUUGCGAACACUCAUUAUUAUUAUCAUCAUUUGUUUUUAGUUUUUU